AUCCAUAUCAAUAAAACAAACAGUGGUGCUAAUAUAAACAUUAAAUUAUAGUUUUAUCAAUGAAUAAAGUUUGUGCAAAGGAAAAUUUAAUUGUCUCAGCAAAAACUGAACAAUGUUGAGAAACUGAGUCAGAAAUCUGGACUUGGAAAAUGCUUGAUGUUUGCAGAAGAAGAAUUUUUUAUAUUGUAGUAUAGAAAGGACCAAUUUUUAAAUUAGAAAUGGUUACAACAUAUCAUUUGGAUAUUUUCUGGAAAUGGCGAGCGGUUCCCAGCACAAAAAAUACUCAGUCCCGAAUGCAAGCGGUUCUCGUGGCUACGUCAAUUACGGGGCCAACUCCUCCGUCAUUACAAACGGUAUAAAAUCCAAUAGUCUUCCAGCAAAUGCGAGUCUCCUACAUCUCCAAUACGAUCCCCAGACGAUUGAACCAGAUAUCGACUCCUUGUUUUCCACUAAGAUACCAGUGUCCAAAAAUAAGGAUUUGUCCAAAUCGCCCCUGAAGACUUUGGAACAAGCUUUUUUGUCAUUGAAGAAUCCGGAUAGAUCGAGGAGCAAGGAGUUGGUGAAGUCGCCGUUGAAGGAUAGACGCAGAAGCAAGACCAAAGAUCAUGGACGAAAGUCUUUGGAUGGCUCGGAACAAGAUUGUGAGGCUUUAUUGUCAAUUGAAGCAGAAACGCUAAAGGAGCAUUCACAAAACGUUCAGGAUUUGUUUGCUAUUAAAAAUUGUGCAAGGGAUCAUGAUGGAUCUACGCGCCAUCGUAAAGACUUUUUGGCCAAAACCAAUUUUGGACAUCCCAGUGAUCUUUACAGGAUGCCUCAACAAAACUUUGAGCCUGAUCCAGUGUUUUCAUCAAAGAUCCUUAAAGACCAGAGUAGCUCAUCGGACGAUUUCGAAACGCCUUUGUUAUCUGACCAAAAACUUGACAGUGACAAUAUAGAUUUGAAGAAUUUGAAGUCACCACGCAAGUUGUCAAAAAACAACAAACUGGCAGAAACCAAAAGGCCACCUAGUGGUAAAAACUCAGGACGUUAUACUAAAAAUUCCAAAACAACUUGCGUCGAUUCCAAGACUGAUCCUCAAAAGUCUUUACGUUCUAGUUUCAACAACAAGGUUGGAUCUUCUCAACAUGUGGCUAGGAGUGAUGUAAAAAUCCCGAAACCUUCAGCUGAUUCUAAGUCAAAUUCUAAAAUUACAAAGCCUAAAAGUGAUGCAAAAGUGGAACAAUCCAAAAUACCUAAAAAUGUAACCAAAAACGAAUCCAAAAUUAGCACCAAAUUGGAUUUGAAGUCAACGUUUUUAAAGACUGAUUUAAGAUACAAAAAGUGCAACCUAAAAGACUAUGAUGAUUCAAAAACUCAUUCUAGAAAGACUUCUUUGAGCAAUGGAACCAGCAGUGAUGGAAAAGCCGGAGGUGAUAUUCAGGAAAACAGAGUAAUUGAAUUUUUGGAAGUUGCUCCACAAACUUUUGCAGAACAAAUAACUUUGUUGGAUCUUCCAUCCUUCACUGCUAUCCAAGCUGAAGAACUAACAAGUUGUGCAUGGAAUAGCAGAAAUAAACUAAAUGUAGCUCCUAAUGUUGUUGCGUUCACCAGACGGUUUAAUAAUGUCAGUUUUUGGACAGUUUCUGAGGUUCUGGCAGGUCCAACUCCCAAAAAACGUUCCGAACACAUAUCUCACUUUGUAAAAAUAGCUCGUCAUCUACACUCUUUGAAUAAUCUUCAUGCACUUUUUGCAGUCAUUUCUGGUUUGCAAAGUGCAAGUAUACACAGGCUGGACAAAUCCUGGAAUUUGGUGCAGAAAAAAGAUAAAUUGACCUUUGAGAAACUGGCCAGUGUUUUUAGUGAAAAGGAGAACUGGAAAGUGUUGAGGGAGUACCAGGACAGUCUGCGGUUACCUUGUAUACCAUACUUGGGUUUAUUUCUAACAGACUUUGUCUACAUUGACAUGUCACAGCCUGCAAGUCAAAGGUCCAGAAAAAUGGACAAUAUCUUAAGAGUCAUUGCGCUGUAUCAACAAUCAAGAUAUGAUGAAUUGAAAGUUGAUCAGGCUGUGCAGAAAUAUUUGGAACGGGUGAAGUAUAUUGAGGAGUUGCAGAGGUUUUUGGAAGACGAUCAGUACAAAUUAUCUUUAAAAUUAGAGCCACCUGCAAGCAGUACAAUGCAACAGAAUAAGAAAAAUACAGAAUCUACUGAUUCUAACAUUGAUGCCAAUGGUGAUCUUCAAAAAUCUAGUCAACUAUCCAAUAACAUGAUACAAGAACAAACAAGAAACAUGGCAUCAUUGAAUCUCUCACCAGCAAAAGCAAAAACAAAACCCACCACAAACAACACCAACAAUCCAACAAGUACCACCACUUCCGGCAGUUUAAGAAUCUCAAAUCCUGUUGCCAAAUUUAUACCUGGACACAGAAAAUGUAGAAGUUUAGGGACAAAUAUUUUCUACAAAACGAAUCAACCUUCUCUGAAUCCGAAUGGAUCAACCGAAAGUACAAAUGCUUCUGUGGAAGCUAUUGAGCAGUAUAAUUCAAGACAUCUGCUGGAUGAUUCUUUGUUGGAAGAUUCCAAGAAGCCUGAAAUGCAGUCUAGGAUGUGUGAGAGUCUUGGGAGGAAUUUUACUCCUGGGAAUGUUAAUGGAAAAUAUUGGGGCUCAUCAGGACUAACAUCAUCAUCUAGCAAAGACUCAAACACAUAUCGAGAACACAGCGACAUCACAGCGAUCCAUGAAGGAUUUGUGCGGAGAAAAACGGUACUAAGGGAGCACAGAAAGACACCAUUGGUGACGCAGUGGCAGAGAUUUUGGAUGCAGUUGUCUGCAGACUCUUUGCACUAUUAUGCUGCAAAAUCAUUCAAAGGGAAUGAUCGUCCUGAUUUCAAGAGAGAUCCCCAAAAAUCUACUUUAUUACUCGGCUGGACCGUGAAUGAAAUCCAAGACCAGUCUUCUAACCGUGAUGACUCUUCAGAAGACUUGGCCUUUGAGUUGGUAAACAGGAUUGAAGGUAAAGCAUACAGAUUCAAAUGCCCUAGUGCUAGUGAUUGUAAUCAUUGGAGGGAAAAACUGACAAAACAAAUUGAAAACUUAAUGAAAAAUUACGGUGUGGAGAACAAUGAUGUCUUGCCUGCUAAUUUGAUGUCGUUUGAGUAAAAUUUUAUUGUCAUCAGCCUAUUUUUUUGGUCUAUUCAACUCGAAUA